AUGUCAACCCAGAGGCUGAGCUUCCUCUACCCGCACCUGUUUCGCACAGCCAGAUUGGGCGAAUCUGCCGCCGGAACCAGAGGCGGCCGCUGUCGGAGACGAACCAUAGCCACUCCCACCAGCUCCUGCAACCACCCUCGGCAUGCUACAGCGUCAUUCGGGACCUCGACGACCUCAAAGAAGGCGAGCUUCGCGCCUCGAGUCGGCAAAGGUAUCGAGCCCAAGCCCCUGGGCACCGUGCAAGGUGCCCCCGCCCUCGAAUCGCACAUGACCGGGUCCAAGCAGCCCUUGGGGAAGGUACAAGCUGCUCCCGUCCUCGAGUCGGAUGUGAAAGGGUCAGCGCCGCCUACAGCGGGAUCUUCUCCUCCCCCCAAGAAGAGCAGCGGCAAAACGGACCCCAGAGAGAGUACACCCGAACAGAGGAAGGACGCUGCGAGGGCUCUGGACCCAGCCACGGACCCGCCCAAAGAGACCCUCAGCUCGCCGGGCGUGUCCUCCUCGGAAAAGGCGAAGGAAGAAGGCAGUGCGGAGGCACAAGACCAGGAUGGCGCCCAUAAGGGGAAACGCGCGAGCGGGCCCAUGGACGCCGUCCUGCACAUGGAACCGCCCGAGGACAAGAAGCCCGAGGACAAGCCGCCGCAGCUCGCGCCCUCGCCCUACGUGCACCACUUCGACAGCUACUCGCUGGUCAAGCAGCUCGAGGUGGGCGGCUACACGCAGACGCAGGCUAUCACGGCCAUGAAGGCGGUGCGCGCGCUGCUGGCGCAGCACCUGGACACGGCGCAGGGCGGCCUGAUCAGCAAGAGCGACGUCGAGAACGAGACGUACCUGUUCCGCGCGGCCUGCGCCGAGCUCAGCACCGAGGUCAAGAACAACAGGCGCGUGGCGGACGAGCAGCUGCGCCAGCAGCGCACCUUCCUGCAGCACGAGGUCGACAACACCACCCAGGCGCUGACGCAGGAGCUGGCCACGCUCAACGAUAACGUCAAGGGCAUGUUCAACGACCGCAAGAUGGCUGUCAGGGAGGAGCAGAAGGCCGCGGAGAGCGCCACCCAACAGAUAGCCUACAAGAUCAGCGUGACGCUCAACAGCGAGUCCAAGUCUGAAAUCGAGGCCGUGCGCUGGGUCCUGGCCAGGCGCGCCGUCACCGGCCUCUUCUUCAUGGUCACGCUCUCGCUGCUCGCGCUGCGGGUCAGUAACGCCGUCUCGCAGAAGGAGAAGAAGGAGGAGGAGAAGGAGAAGGAAGAGGCCGCCGCCAUCAAGAUGAACGAUGGCAGCAGGGACGUGGCGCCCUCGCCGGACGCCGCCGAGAUACUGGCCGCGAACUAG